UUUUAUCUCUGUACACGUAUAAGAACACGAAUGUAAUCCAGUUUCAUAAAUAAACAAAACAAUUAAAAAGGUCGUUGAAGGGGGGAAAAUGAAAUAAAUGAAUAAUUACGACCGUGCAAUUUUGACUAUUUUCAUUCGCAUCUAGACUUUAUUAGAUUCGAGUUCUCUUUUACUUAAGUGCCUAAAUCAAAUCAGUGAAAAAUGUUGGCAAAAAUUGUUUUGGUCAUUUUCCUAGCGACAAUCACCGUGUCGUUCGCCAAGGUAAGGAAACAAUAUCCAUGAUUAUUAUUUCAAAAUAUACCCAAAAUAAUAUUAUUUGCUUCGAUAAAUAAAUAUAAAUAUAUAUUUUAAUUUUACGCUUUAGAACGAUGACAAUGUUGUCAACGUAGCUCUCAACUCAGGAUCUCAUAUAAUAAACCACAUCUUGAAUCAAGAUUCCGACGAACAGGAAAAAUACAUUGUGGACCUUAACUCGUAUUACAAGAAGUACGAUAUCGACUCUAAGUUGGAGAAUGUUAAAAGUCAUUUUAAAACACAGGUACCUUCUUAAAUAUUUUCGGAAAAUUUAACAAGAAAUUCAUUACAAGUCGUACUUGGUGGUAAAAAAAAAAAAAACGUGUGAAAUAUAGUAAAUUUGUAUUGGAGUUUUAAUAUCAAAAUUCGACGAAAAUUGUAAAUAUUACGGCCUUCAAAAACAUGUACAACCGAACUUCACUCCUAAUUGUUUUCCUUGAGCAAUGGUUUAUUGUUGCUCACGUAACUUUAUUUAUUCUACCUUCCCAAUUUCCCAGCUACAUUAGUGACAUACCAGUACAUAGUAUCAUCUCUAAUUUCUAUGUAAUUUUGUAUUGUCCACUGAAAAACAAGAAAGUAGGUGAUCAAUAUUUUUGAAUAUUUUUGAAAAUAUCAUUUGUACCCAUGAGGGAUGGAAAGCCUUAUACUCCACCCUAUAAAUAUGAUUAACUACUCGAUAGUUACGAUGUAACUGUUGGAACUGACUAUGACCAAACGCGUGGUUUAGAGUGACUAAACAAAAAUAUUAUUUUCAUAGGUGUUGUUGGUAUUUAUAAAAAUAAAUUCGUAAUAUCAUAUUAUCUAAUUGGUUAGAUAUAAAUCUAAGGUAAAAUUUAAGUCUAUAAUUUUAGGUAUAAUCGAGAUUAUUAUAAAAAAAGAAAAUUGAGAAAUUCGAAAAAUCAUUUUCUUUUUGUUAAUCUCGGCCUUUCAGACCAACCCUCCAACCAAUUUUCCACCAUCUUUCUUUACCCUCUGUCACUUCUCUCCAUAAUCUGUUCGGAUCUCCUACUCUGAUAUAUAUUUAGAUUCUAAGUGGAACAAUGAAUAUAUUGAUUUUACAAUGAUGUUUAUUUAAUUUUUUUGUUAUACUGUGUACAAAAAUUUUACCAGAAAUCUUAAUCCAUGUUUUACAUUUAUGUAACACCUUUUCUGAAAGGUAAUUUUAUCUAGUUGAUACUUUAAAAAGAUCAUAUUCUGAUUUUCUUAGCAAUUUUCAUAAUAAUUAGUUAAAACGGAAAUAUUUACGAAAAUAAUGCUUUUAUUAUUUUUAAUUUUGUCCUUUAUAGAUAUGCUAAACCUAACCUUUUAAAACAUUUGAGGCAUAUUAAAGCUAUUUAGUGACAUUUUAAUUAUGUUUUACGUCAUUUUUAUUCGAUAGGUAUAUUCUGUGGAUAAAAUUGAUCUGUUUGUUAGAUCAAAGAAAAAUGCUUGAAAAUUUAACAGGAGGUUCAUUGUAAGUUUUACGUAUUGGUCAACAUGACACACGGUCUUCUAAUCCUAAUCAUACCGGUCUACCUAACGAUAUUUGUCCAAUAGGAUCUUUCUAUAAAAACCUAUAAGUGAGCAUUAUUUUUCUCAGAUUGUACACAGCUCACAUAUCAGUAAUCGUUUCAUAACUUUUGUCUUAGUAUUUGGCCGUCCAAACAAAUCCAUCAACUCAUCAUUGUGUUGUUUUCUCCAUUCCCUAAGAAAGUAUACAUUACCUGCCCUUAGUUUUUUCUUCGGCCUUUCUCAGUCAUAUCUCAGGUUCAUAUUAUAUAAUUGGAAUAUAUUCUUGGCUGAACUUCCGUUAAACAAUUUAUGAUUAUUGCCAUGUUGAAAUUAAUUUAUACUUGAACUCAUUAGUAUAUCCGAGAGAUUUUUUAACAUACCAGGUGAUCCAUUUAAGUUGAUACACUCAUUAUUUCAGAAAGUAUUAACUUUUUUCGGAAUUUGUUUUCUAAAAUAUUUAAGAAACAAUUUGAUCUACAAUGAUAUAUUCAUGUUAUUUUUUUUCACCAUUAUUUUUGGGGGUAAAACCACUACCUACUUUUGAUUUUCAAAUGGUAACUUACAUUAAAAAGUCCGUAAAUAGAUGAAAUAUUAGUUAGAAUAAAGUUGAGUGUUGAAAUUUUUGAUUUCCGUCAGUCCAUUGACGAGAUGUUCUACUUUUAAUUUUGGGUGGGAGGAAAGUAGUGGAGUAUCAUUUGUAUGGCGGUACGGCACGCGGCGCGUUAAUAAUGCACCACUACUUUCCUCCCAAUCAAACUUAUAUGUGGAAUAUCUCAUCAAUGGCUUUAGAGAAAUCAAAAAUGUUAACACUUAAAUGUAUUUUAACUAAUACUCCAUUAGUUAUGGGCUUUUUAAUAUAGGUUAUCAAUUGAAAAUCAAAAUUAGGUAGCGGUUUUAAUCCUAAAAAUAAUAGUGACAAAAAUAACACAAAUAUAAAAUUGUAGAACAGCUUAUAUAGUAAAUGUUCAAGAAAACAAAUUCCGAAAAAAAUUAAUACUUUCCGAGAUAAUGCUGCACCCACUUAAAUGGAUCACCCGGUACUCAUCCGUAAUUUUCAAUUUGAAUAUAAAAAACUAGUAGUGGGUUGUCCGCCAAACAUUUGAUUGAAAAAAAAUACAUAUGAAGUUUGAGAACUAUGUGUACCUACCUACCUAUCUAAAUAUUUCUAAAAGAAAAUUCUGAUAAAAAUGUAUAGGUACUUUCUGAGAUAACGAUGGUCUAACGGAAAACAAUUAAAAAUUAUUAUAACUUUAACAUGGCCAUUUGUUUAAAUUUGAAUUGAUAUUCAGACACGAACGAGAUGAACUAAUGAACUAAUGCGAUAAACCAAGCCUAUAAAACUUUGGCGAUAAAACAAUUUAAAAAAAAAAUUGCAUAACAAUUUAUUUUAUCACAUAAAAUUUUUGAUGUGCAUGGGAUUAAAAUACAAUUUAAUGUUCCGGGUUAUUAUGUAUAACGCAGGUUAUCCGGGCACGUAGUUUUAUCGUGAAAUUCACUAAUUACAGAAACGAUAUUCACAUAUUUAUAUAAUGUAACGUGCACUUAAAUGUUUUAAAAUCGUAGUAUAAAAAAAUAUACACGUAAAAUAUUUCAACCCGAAUUCAUAUUAUGUAAAUUAAUAAACAAAAAUCCAAACGGGAUACCUAUUAUUAGGUACGCUAAAAUGACGUACUCUUAUUAUUGUUAACUCUUUUCUUGUCACAUCGUUCACAUUGAAUCACAAUAUUGCGUAUCGUUGCAACGCGUUGUUACGGACCUUUGUUUUGACUUCACUAGGAUGAUGUUCAUUAGGGUACAACAUUCUAUAAUUAUUUUAAUUGAACAUCUUAUAAACUUUUUUUGAUAUCACGAAUAAGUCGUAUAGUAUCGGUGCCGUUCCUUGCUAAAUCGGCACCCGGUGCUGGUAAAAUGUAACUAAAGAAAGAAAAACUAAAUGGCCCAACCCGGCUGUUAACCGUUCACUCGUACGUUUAUUAUGAAAAUAUUCAAUUAUAGAACUUAACAAUUUUCAAGUGGCGUCCCUGUAGUCAUUGCGUCCGGUGCCUGGGCACUUCAAGCACCCCACUAUGCGCGGCCCAGCACAGUAUUAUGGUCUACAGGAAAACGUUCGGUGUGACUAUUUACAACAAUAAAACGAUUUAAACGGUUUAAUUGACAAUAAACGAAAAAAUCACAAGUGAUUUUAUUAUUGUUGUUAAACGCAUUGUAUGUAAUAAUACUACCGGCUAUUAUGGUAACCGGACGCAGAUCAUUGCUCGAGUGCAGCAUUUAAUAAAAAGUUUAAUAACCAAUCAUGCAUAGUGGUCUACGCAAAUUGGCGGCGGUGCUUCGCAGACAAUAUUGUAUUAUAAAAAAAUGCCUACGAUAAUUUUAAAAAUAAUAAAAACCAAAGAUUUCAAAUCAUUUAUUGUACAUUUUUCAAUGCGUCGUCCUAGCUCUUUAUUAAUUUUUAAAUCACCACGAUAAUGAGAAAAAAAAAUGUUUAAUUAGUUUUUUACCGGUUUUCAGUCGAAAACUCAAAUAUUAAUUGUGUCCGCAGAAUCCGUAGGUCGUCCGUAUCCGUACAACACGCGCUUAUAUAACUCCGACAAUUUUCUGACGAUUAUUAUGGAAUUUUAUUGAAAGGCGUCUUAUACCUAUAUAAACCACGACGUACAAACACAUGGGUAAUUAUUUUUGAACGCAGUGCACAUUAUCUACACGUAGAACUGAUGGGUGAAAAUUGAAUUUUUCAUGCCCCUUUCAUGAGGCGUAUAAUCUUUAAAAAUAUAAUAAUAACGGUUAACGUGUGGCAUAUACUCGUAUAGAGAUAAAUAUUUCCCCCGAAAAUCAAUUACCUACAUUAAUAAUAUAAUCCUUGCUAUAUAUUUAGUAAACAUCCCACUGUGCAAAAAUGUGUAAUAUUUAUGUUUUAUAAAUAUUGCAAGCAUGGGAGCCCGCAGGGAAUUUAUCAGGGAGUCGCGGUGUCCUAGUUUCGAAUGUCCUUUUAUUUUUCACGUGUAACCCUAAACAACACCAAUAGACAACAAGGGAAUAAUGACAUCAAACACCGAAAAGUUAUACAAAUUAUCUAAUUAUUAAAAUUAUAUUUUUAAGUCCGGAGGAGCAGAUGCCCUUUCCUGUCCCAUCCUCCGAGUGCCCGUGAUUUAAAUUUUACUUAAACCGCUAAACAUUAUUGUAUUCAUUUGACAUUAUAUUCCACGAAAAUUAGCUAACUAUAAUAAUAUUUUUUUUUUUUUUAUAAAAAUAUAACAAAAUAGUAAGCAUCAGUUUCAUGUUGAAAUUAUAUCAAAUAUAUGUUUCAUCUGAACAGACAAAAAAAAAAACACUGAAAUUCAGCCCAGGUGGAGUGUUUUUCAUCACCUGGGACCGAACCAAGCUCCCUACCUGUCGUAAUCUAACACCUUAUAGAUAAUUGAUAUGUGCGUGUGACACGUACUUGUAAGAUGAUUUUUUUUGCACAUCAUCCAUACUUCGACAUCUAUCACGGUAUUAUUUGAAUAUCUAAAUUGACCACAGUCAAUUUAGACAUCCAAAUACGAGAUCGUAAAUUUAUCGAAAAUGAUUUAAAUAACGUAAUUUAGUAAUUUAACAAUUUCACCGAAAAUUACAGAUGUUUUGGCUUAGUAAAAUUGUUAUUGGUAUUGUACUAUAACCGGAUUUCGAGAUAAAAAGUACGAGCAAUCACAAGUAUUUAAUAAUUGAACUUAUUAUUUGUAUAAAAAAUAUGAGAUUAAUCUGUUUGUGAAAUGAGAUCAAAUAUUCAAGGCUGUUAAAUUUUAAUAAUAAUAUUAAAUGUUUGCAGCUACCAAUGAGUAAUAAGAUAAUAUAAUCGUAAUCGGUAACAAAUUUAAAAAAAAAAAAACAAACAAUAGGUAUUUGGUAAAAUCUGUGGUUUGGGUCAUUUUUUAGAUUUUUAUUUUUGGACCCACUGGCCAUUUUAGACCCAAGCAUAUUAUUCUUAUUAUUUACAUAUUAUAAAAUAUAUUGUACCUAGAUUUAAUAAUUUAAAAUACUUAAAUACAUUGUACCUAUAUAUUUACAUAAUAGGCAUGCGUAAUCGAAGAGUUCAAAUAUUAUAUUUUUUUUGAUAUUAAAUUGUUAGUAUAACAACUUAUUGAAAAUAUUAUACCAUAAGUCCAUAAAUAAUCCAAACGGUUAACUAAACGUGAAAUUAUCAAUGCAAACUCGAAUUUUCUAUAACAAAGCAGGUAUUAAAAUACAACGAUAAUUUUAAUUGUCAUUAUUAAAAUAUUGUUUAGGUAUAAUAUUAUACAAUAUGUUUUUCUUAUUAAGUAGGUACCUACAUAGGAAUUAGCUUUUGCUUAAAUCUAAACUAAUUAUCUUUAUUCUAAAUUCCUAUAUGAUAAUAAAUCGUUGUUUAUAUUGUAACCGAUGUUUUUGUCUCAGUUGAUGUAGUUUUAAUAGAAACAUAAAAAAGAAAAACAAUAUUAAAUUUAUUAGAUUUGGCUAAAUUAAAUGUGUGCUGGUAAUGAUUAAUAUUGCGUUCGCAAUCAUAACAUAUAUUUUAAAAUGAAAAAAAUAAAGAUUUUGUUAUGUGUUACUGGCUAACGACGUCAUGUCGAUAGUUCGUUUCAAGGUUUUGAUAUAAGUGGUGCUAUAUGGUGAUAUAAGUGUCAUUUUCGUAUUUUACCAGUUAAACAAAAAAAAAAGCUGAUACAUUAUAAAGAUAUCUUAUCAUUUCUGAAAUUUAUUUGAAAAAAAAAAAUUAGACACAUUUAUAAAUAUACGGAAAAAAAUGGCUAAAACUAGGCAUUGUUGUGCAGACACUGUUGUGUAGACGGGGAAUUGUUAAUGUCGGAUACAUAAAGUUAUUAAGUUGAUACGUAUGCGCUAAUCUAUAAAAUUGUUUAAUAUAUAUUUUAUAGUUCAAAAAAGGACUCCAACAUAAUAGCGAUUUAUUCAAUAGAGUCAACAUCGAAACCGAGAAGAGCCUAAAGAGGUCUAUAGACGUGAUCAAGAAACAAGAUGCCUUGUUGGGAGAGAAAUUGAAUAAAUUCUACGAAUUGACUUGCCAAACCAACAGAGUUUCCGAAGAAAUCGCUAAUUACGUGUCGAAUCCGGAAAGAAUUCACGGAGAAAUUGAAAAACUCAAUGUCCUUCUGAGGCCGUAUGAACAAAAAGUUAUCGACUUCAUUAAGUCGGCCGAGGUAAGAAUAAUAGCAAUCCCUACACUGCAGACUAAAAUUUUCGUGCACUUAUAACAUUAUAUGUUAUUUUUUUUUUUUUGAUUAUAUCUUGAUGCACGUCAAUUAUUGUGAAUACUUGAAAUGUUUAAUGUCAUAUUUUUUUUCGCGUUUCAGGGCAGUAUUCUCAAAAAAUUGUCCUAGGGAGGCAAGGGACACACAUAAUAAAUGUUCAUCUUGUACCAACGACGAUACGCAUAAAACGCAAUAAUUGUACAGCAUUGAGCUGUAUGUUUAAACUUUUAUACAAAUUAAAAAAAUCCCGUACAGACUAUUAUAUAAUACUAUAUAUACCUACUUAAAAUAAACAUUUUUAAUUCAAUAUAAUAUUUUAUCGGUUAAUAAAAAAAAAAACACACAAUUUAAACGUAACAAAAUAUCUGUCGUGUUUUUGAUACCGUACCUAUCUCGGUUCUCUAUUAUCUCUAUUAAGUUAACCGUGAAAAGUUUUGAUAAGACCAGAGAUUAUACACUCUGUUAUAAUAUAUUGACCGAUUAAGACAAUCGUGAAAAUCGUUGUCGAUGCAAACGGAAAAAAUUGAUCGGUGCAGUAAUAUGGAAAACUCUCAAAUAGUGUUACAAACUUACUAAAAAAUAAAAUGCGCAAUAUUAACAAUAAUAUUGAAAAUUAUAAUAAUUCGGAAAAAUUCAGUAAACCGGAAUAAAAAUAAUAUUUGAAUAACACCUGCAACGUGGGUAAAAAUAAUACGGUAUGUUCGAAGAUGUUAAUUUUCCAAUUGUAUAGUCAACAAAAUAACAUUACAAAUGAAUAAUAAUUCUAUCGCUGGCACUAUGUCGAAUUUGACCUUAGUUUGGCCUCUCUACACACGAUUCGGUUCAUCUGUCCGUCUCA